CACACACACACACAAAGAAUUUAUUUGUGGCUGACUGACGCACACUCUUAAAAUAAUGACCCAUGCAAAUAGGGAGUACAUAGCCAUACUGCCGUGGGCAAGCAGCAUCAGUGCGCGUAACCAAGCCGCGCCGGUUGGUAGGAGUGUUAAGGUGAGGGUGUGCUGGAGGCAAAGUUUUGUUCAACCCGCUACUUCGAUGAGCGACAAACGAGAGAAGGGCCUGGUAGACAGUGCGCCCAUCGGAAUAUGCCUUCCCCAACUCGGGAGGAAAGCAAAGGGGAGAGCGGACAGGCAGAGGACGGAGCAGCGGACAGCGACGACAGGGAGAGAGGGACAGCCGCUCGUCUCGUGUGCGCUCUGGAGAUGGAGAUGACAAACUGCAGCCUGCGCGGCAACUCCAAAGUGGACUGUGUGACUUGUGAUGGUCUGAUCAAUCGAAACGGCGGGGACUCGGCAGAAGUGUCCGUGCCGCUGUCACUUCCCGGGAAGCGGACAGCUCCUAUGGAGGGAGACAACCUCUACAGACUGCGAGACAGAAAGUUUUUAUUGGAGGAUAAAAAGCGCCUGUGCGCGCUGGCUUUGGGCACCGCUGUGCUCGGGAUACUGCUCAUGAUAAUCCACGCCGAGUUAUGUCCCUUCAUCUAUACACCGGGCUCAAACAUUGCCUUAAUCAUCAACUGUUCCAUCAGCCUGUCCACUGGGUGUCUCCUGGUCUUCAUUAUAGCUUUCCAUUAUAAGGACAUCAGGCUCUUCAUCAUUGACCACAACCAGGUGGACUGGCGUAUUGCCAUGACCAGCCACAGGGUUCUUGUGAUCACUCUGGAGCUCUUAGUCUGUGUCAUCCAUCCUGUUGGCACAUACUGGGAUGUGGGCCUCCAUGUCAACUCCUCUUCCUCGGCUCCGCUCUGUGUUUCCGACCACCACGGCGAGGCCCUGAUGGACAUGGAACUGCUGUUGUCAGUGCUGAUGUUCCUCCGCUUGUACUUGGUGCACAGAACCAUCCUGCUGCACAGCAAAGUGCUGCUGAGCGCCUCCUACAGGAGCAUUGGCUCGCUCAACAACAUCAACUUCACCUUCCGCUUUGUUCUCAAGGUACUGAUGAACAAAUACCCGGGGCGCACGCUGCUGGUCUUCAUCCUCUUCUUCUGGCUCACCGCAUCCUGGAUGCUCACUUUGUGUGAGAGGAAGACCCAAGAAUCGACAGGCCACAUGGACACGGCUCUGUGGCUCAUAGCCAUCACCUUCCUCACAGUGGGCUAUGGUGAUGUGUCGCCCAACACCAGCUGUGGCAAGGCAGUGUGUCUCUUCACUGGAGUCAUGGGUGUAGCCUGCACUGCCAUGCUGGUGGCAGUCGUUACCAAGACGCUGGCUUUGAACAAAGGGGAGAAGCAUGUGCACUUCUUCAUGCUGGACAUCCAGAUCUCUAAAAGGAUCCGCCACGCCGCUGCUAAUGUGCUAAGGGAAUGCUGGCUUCUGCACCGCACAAACUUGACAAAGGGCAACCGUGGUGAGCACCGGAGACACCAGAGAUGCCUUCUGGAAGCCAUCAGAGUAUUUCGGCAUUUACGCCUCAAACAAAGAAAACUGAGAGAUUACGUCAGCGAGAUGGUGGACCUUCCAAAGAUGCAGAUGAUCAUGUGUGACCUCAGUGCCAAUUGGAAUAACUCCUAUCGGGAGCUGGAGCAGCGUAUCCUCUCCAUGGAGCAGAAGCUGGACGAACUGAGUCGCUGCUUUCAACAAACGUCUGAGCUGCUGUCUCAGGUCCUACGUCACCGAAACCCGGAGAUCAGGUGACAUGGCUACAUACACUUCAGAGACAGCUAAUCUGUCUUCAGCGUUUUCAUCUACGGUAUCCACGAAAGUGAGACAGUAAAUCCUCUCCACCCAGAGUUGCUCCAGACUCUAAACAUGCUGAACCACUUGGAGGACUGGCAUACCUACUAAAGAUCUCAUCUUCUGGCUUUGUGCUGAGUGCACGGCAAAGUGACUCAUAGCUGUAAAAUUGUACAGAUAAAAUAAGACUUCCCUUCAGUGUGGGAGAAUCACAGUGCAUUUUGAGAAAUCUGUUGUACUUUCAGCAGUUAUAUUUGUGAGGGUGCACAAAGGACUGAAUUAAUCUCAAACAGUGAGUGUGGAGAGCCUUGUAAUCCACUGUCAAAGGCUCCAGGGCUAACCAAGGGUAACUUUUGUAUUUUUUCAACCUGGACAUUAUUUUCCCAUAUUUUUGUGUCAAAGUGACUAAUGGGGAGAGGUUUGAAUUUGGUCCAGUAUUGAGUGAGAGCGCUGCAGCCUGCAGCCGCAAAAUGGGCUACAACGUUAUUAUUACGGGCAAUUGCUCACCAUCAGAAUACAUCCAUUAAAAGUGCUUGUUUCUGCCAGUGACAGGCUCACAUUGUUACUAUUAGUGUCUCACCACAUGACCCGACAAAUUAAUCAAACACUUUCUGUACUUUUUGCUUGAUCCACUUUGUCUGCGCCUCGUGUGCUCUUCAAUUUGUAGUCUUAUCCGUAUACUCCGGCUUUAAUGAAUAUGGGUGGCCAUCAAAUUCAAAGGCCUCAUCCAAAUCAGCUAAAUAUUCAGCCAAAAUCUUUCAUAUAACUCUAAGCUCCAACACAACAAACUUCCUGGCCGAUAUUUGCAACGCUCCUGUUACUACUGUUGUCUUCCUGCAAUGAGUCAACUCACGGCUCUUGAGAUAUCAGAAAGACUUCUCCUAGAGCGAGACUUGGUUAGACACACAGCAGAUCAGCACACUCGUAACAACUGGGCCUAUCAGUAGCAAAGGCAAGCACUUUUAAUGGCUGUAUUUUAAUGGUGAGCAAUUUCCCACCAAAUUCAAAGGUUCUUGUCCCCAUCAGUCCCUUUGACACAAAAUUUUGAAAAAAAGGUCAAGGUUGAACAACACUGACGUUACCCUUGAACUUCUAUUUGUAAGGUUUCAUUGAUGGACUCCAUCACUGCCUUAUUCCUGUGGAAUAAGAUAUAUAUUUUUCAUCUUAAUUUUAUUUUAAAUUUCUUGCAAUGUUUUUGUGUUAGCAUAAUAAUAAAAACCUAUCGCAAAUCCUCUUUUUCAUCAGCAGACAGUUGAAUGGUUAUCAAGGUGAUUAUUGUUUGCAAACAGGCUUUUUGAAUACGAUUCCGUUUCUUACAAUUCUUCAUUGUUCUGCUUUCCUCUAACCCACCAAGUGAAUUGUGCAUGAAAUGUUGUGUUUUGAUGAGCAACCGAGAGAAGAAACUAAACUUCAAUUCCAGUAUUGUGGGAAGAAACCUUUAUUUCAAAGCUGAAGUACUUAGGGUUUUAAGGGAUGUCAACUUAAACUCAUAGAUUAAUGUCUACAUUUAAGGUUGUAAGCAUCAGUUUACACCUGUUCUGAGAACAAUGAAACUUGAGUGUAAGCUGCCUUGUGGACUCAUCUUUCAGCAACCCAACAACUCCAUCUAGUGGACAAGAAUUAAGUAAACUACAUAAUAUUGAGGACCGUUGACGUUAAAAUUUUAAAGAUUAUAUAAGAAUGAUAAAAAAAUUCAUAUGCUAUUUUCAACCUGAAUACCAAUACCUCUACAGUGCCUCACAGGAACGUAACAUUUGAAUCAGCUGUAGAGAAAAACAGAAAACAAGAGGACUUAUACUCCCUUACAAACCUCACUGUUAAGAAUGCACUUUGUGAGAACCAUUAACAAAACUGGACUUAUUCUUUCUCUGGAGGAUAAACUGGAGUUUUGAUGUGUUUUAAGAUAAUCCUAUAGUGGAAAAAAAAGUUCCUUGUGGGUUAUUUUGUACUUUGAAUAUGUUGUAAAAAUAAUUUCUGAACUUGUUCUAACUCUGUUUACUAUGUAUCAUUUGCACAUGGUGAAAAAAACAUGUUAACAACCAUCCAGGACAUGCUUGUAAUUAAAAGCCAUUAAGAAUGAA